AUGUUGCAGAUCCUGACACACAGUUUAAACUACAUAUUUCUUUUCCUCCAUGCAGGUCUAACAGAUGUGAUACAAACACAGCAGACUGUGAUGGUAAAAGUAGGAGAAGAUGUUCAUCUCAGCUGUCAGCUCAUGCAGAAUAAAAAGGUUCUUCAGGUCACCUGGCAGAAAGAUUUACCUGAGGAGGAGAAGAAUAUCGCCACUUACAGUGAACACUUUGGACAAACAGUGAAUGAUGGUUUUCAGGGGAAAGUGGAGUUUAAAGAUGCUGGACUGAAGAACUGCUCCAUAGUUAUCAGGAAGGUGAUGGAGCAGGAUGAAGGCUGCUAUCUCUGUUUGUUUAACACGUAUCCUGAUGGAUCUCUGACAGGAAGAACCUGCCUCCAGCUCUAUGAGCUGCAUGAACCCAUUCUACAAAUCAGAGAAUCAAACUCUACUGAAGAGACAGUUGUGUCCUGCUCGGCCACAGGUCGUCCUGCUCCCACAGUAACUCUGAAUGUCCCACAACAAGACCUCUACUUCUCUAACAGCAGCACAGUCAGUGUCACCAACACCAACGCUACAGUCACUGUCACCACUACAGCUGUGCUGUCUGGUUUCCAUGGAAACGACACAGAAGUUGGAUGUGCAGCAGGACUGCUCUCAGUCCCCGAAAUUCAGGUGUUUAAGACGAUUCCUGCAGUCAAUCAAUCAUCUGAUGAUGGUUUUAGUGAUGAAUCUGGAUCUGAUAAGAAUCAGAUUGGUGCACUGGUCACAGCAGUGGUCAGUGUUUGUGUUGCUGUAGUCAUCACUGUUAUCAUUGUCCUGCUACGUAAACAUAAGAAGAGGUAA